AUGUGGUUCGCGUCUUUGAAGCUCCCUAGCUGGGGCCUAGUGAAGCCGCCUCGACCCAAAAAAAAAGGGGCUGCGGGCAGUGCCGUUGUCGCGGACAAUUUGGCAGAGAUUUCGAGUUCGCGACUCGUGCUGCUCAGUGUUCAAACCAUUGUGGGGGUGCCGGCGCCUGGCACCCCGGAGACUGUUGUGCCGGUGGUCUCAGAGAACACCAUCAUGGCAACAACAGUCAAAGUGGCGAGUCAAGCCAAGUGGGAGCCUGGCAUGCAGGAAUCCGAUCUUAUGGAUGCGCUGCCAGACGGUCAAAGCCGAAAAGAUGAAGAGACACAGAACAUUAUGCUGGUCUCCCUGGGAUGCUUCUGUGGACCGAAGCUGUCGUUCAAAAAUAUUGGCAGAGGGGCUGCGACCUUGCCAUUUGACUGGAUGCGGACGCGACACGAGGGUUUGGUGCACUUUCUGCGGGACAAGUGGGACGAGAGUAGUAAUUUCAACGGCUUCUUUGAGUUUACUUCCAAGAAGGUGGUGCCUGGAUGCCAGAUGACGACGUAUCGGAGUUACUACCACUCCUUUUGGCAUGAUGAUCCUACUGACCCAGGGAUGCAUGAGAGAUACAAGCGACGCAUCGAGCGUUUCAAUGAGAUCAAUGCCAACAGCACACCAGUGCUUUUUGUGAGAACAAUACCAACAACCCAGGAGCUGGCGAGGGUUCCUGAGUUGAUGGAUUUGCUGAUAGCGCGGCAUGGGCAGCAGUCGUUUCUUCUGCUGAUCAUAGACUUCCAGAAGACAGCGCAAGGGGCUGCUGUAGUGGAAGGCAUGGACAACAUCAUGGUGCACUUCCUCUCCGGAAGCAAGCACGUGAACCAGGAAGGGCUACCUGCUCCGCCGUAUGGUGAUGCAGUGAAUUUGGCCUUGGAUUGGAUCGUGGGCCGAUCAGUUUCAGUGAUGCAGUUUGAUAAUUGGGAAGCGAUAAUUAAGUGCGCCGAUUACACCGAGUGGGGAUUGAACGGCCUCGGUGGAUUGUAUGCCUUCGAGCUAGGCAUGGAGCCUCCACAAGAAGAGAUUCCAGAGAACUCGCUGCUACCAUUCCCGAAUCCGUUGCCCCGGCUUGCUGCGGUGCCGGUCAAGAAGUUGGAGCGGGACUAUUUGCUGAAGGCACCACGGCCUGAACAGCGGCCACAGUUGCGACAGCUUCAAGUGGUGCCUUUGGGCUUUGGUGGUUUGGUCAAGGCCACGGUGAUUGCCAUGGGAAUUCCGAGUCCUGCCUUGCCGUUCGAUUGGAUUCAGAUCAGUGAUGCUGGACUUCUGCACUUUUUGCGGAAGGGCUUCGAGGCACCGAUUCGCGAUGGUCUCGGGGCUGGUGGUCAGAGGCCCUCUGAGAAGCGAGGCUUCUUCGACUAUGCCACCAGGAGAAAGGUUGGUGAGUCCAAUCUCAUGAUGUGUCGCUCGCAUUUGCAUAGCUUUUGGCAUGACGAUCCUGCCGAUCCCGAGGUGCGCAAAGGCUACGAGAAGCGCUUUGAGAACUUCGAGACGAUGGCCAAGACGGGUGACACCCUGCUUUUCGUGCGGGUGGUGGCCACAGCUUCCGAGCUUGGACGGGCCUACGAGCUGACGCAGGCGUUGUCGAAGAAGUUCGGGCCACAAGCUGCCCUUUUGUUGAUCUGCGACUUCCAGGUCAAGGUAGGACCGUUGAUGGUGGAUACCUUCGACGACCUCAUGGUCUAUUUCCUGGAGGCUGAUGCUCAGAAAUCUGCAGCUCCCUACAAGAAGCCGAUCCUCACAGCAUUGGAAUGGCUUUCGGGCAAGGAACUGAAGAUGGACAUCGUUCCGGACUUCAAGGCGCUUCAAGCUUUGGCUGAGCCAACCAACUGGGGUCUGAUGGGCCUAGGUGGAUUCCUGGCCUUUGAGGGUCUCACUGGACCAGUGGCAGAGAUGGCGGAGACGGUGGAGUGGACCCCAGGCCCUGAAGAUCAGUGGUUGAUGGAUGCCAGGUUUGAGGCCGACAAGGAUGCAUUGGCCGUGGUGUCUCUCGGAUACCACGAGUUUUUGGGCAAGGCGCUCGAACUCGCCAAGUUGCAAGUCGAGACCUCUCCGUUUGACGGCGCUUUCAUCACCGGUGAAGGGGUGCUGCACUUCCUGCGGAAUGAUUUUCACGGCUUCCUUGAUGUUGCCAAACCCAUCAGAAUCGAAGGCAGUCCAUUCAUGGUGCGGAGAUCUAGCUACCAUUCAUUCUGGGAUGUGAAUCCUGACAUUAGAUUGCGGCAAGCUGAGAUGAACAUUAGGUCCUUCAGGCACCUGCUUGGAAGCAAUCGGGUGAAGCUCUUUGUGCGUGCAUUAGCAACGGGUGAUGAACUUCCUCUGCUUGGAGAGAUACAUGAAGCUCUUUGCAAGCAUUCCCCUGGAGCAUUGCUACUUGCUAUCGUUGGUGGCCAGGAAAGAAAAACCCUUACAGUAGCGACCAACUACAGUGUCUUGGUCCAGUUCAUCGAGGAGGACCCGAUUCAGACGGGUCUUCUGCAAAGCUACGCAGAGCCCGUGCGUCGCAGCCUUGAUUGGGCCGUUGGAAAGGAGCUGAAGGCGGGGGUGGUUCCCGACUUCGCUGCGCUGAAGGGCUUGCUCAGUCCUUUGCCGCCAGCUCCUUUGGUCGGCCCAGGAAAUGUUCCAAUCUUCGAGGAGGCAUCUUCAACGACAGAUGAAUCUGGAGAAGGAUCUUUGUCCAAUUCGUCCUCACCUGGAGUGUACAUGAUGGGGUCCCAGAAUUUGAAGGCUAAAGUGCUUUCUCCCAGCAGGGGAUAUGCUGGGGUCACUCUGAGAUGAAUUGCUUUAAUUCUCGCUAGCUCGUGGCCAGAGCCGAUCUUCAGCUCAGGGCCAAGCUGCUCGGGGCGUCAGAAGAAUGGCAGCAACCAGCCGUGUCUCAGGGCAUGGCGAAAGUGUCACCCUUAUUGCUCCGCGAUCUGCACAAAGGCCGUGGUCAAGCACAAAAU